AUGGCAGGUUAUGCGGAACUUAGCGAACUUCCUGUGAGCGUACAACAGGUGAAAAACUGUGCGCUUUCGAGAUGGUACCAUGAUUUCCAAGGGCACACACCGAAGGCUGAGAUCAUCAAACCGCUCCCAGAGGGGUUCAUUCGUUACCUAGAGGAAGACGGCAUCAGAUUGCCCAACGAUAGCAACUUCACCAAGUCCUCGUACUACCAGGAUAUUGAGGAAAAUGACGAAAACGAAUAUAGUGAUUGGGAAGAAGAAGAACAACAACAAGAGGAUGAGGCAGCACAAAGUGCCGGGGCGGUGGAUGUAACGCAUGUGACAUCGGCGUUUUUAGAAUUGCACGAAAAGUUGAAAAAAACGUUUCGAGAGAUGGGUCCUCUGACUCCAAAACUGACGUGGUCGAGCCCCAAGGAUGCAACUUGGAUCCUCACCAACAACAGCUUGAAAUGUCACGAAAUGAACGACGUUUAUCUGCUGCUCAAGGCUUCGAACCAUAUAACGCAUGAUCUAGACAGAGCAUUUGAUGUUUGUUUCGACCGCGAUUCGCUAGUGGAAGAAAGCGCUGAGACGUUUGGUCACGAACUCAUCUUGCGGAAAUGGUUCGAUAUAAAUCCGGCUCUGGAAUUUCGAGUCUUUGUCAAGAACUCAAAAGUCAUCGGUGUUUCCCAAAGAGAUUUGAACUUUUACGACUAUCUGCUGCCGUUAACAGACACUUUCAAAGAUCUCAUCGACGAGUUUGUGGGCGAACAGGCCAACAUCAAAUUCCCAGAUUCUUCAUAUGUGUGCGACGUUUACAUUCCCCGACCCUUCAAGAAAGUAUGGCUCAUCGAUUUCAAUCCUUUUUGCAGAAAGACUGAUUCACUCAUGUUUUCCUGGAAUGAACUCAUCACCCAGAGCAGUACCGCCUCAGAUGAAGAUUACGAACUACGCUUGGUCACAGAAAAUAACGUUGCGCGCUUUGCUGGCAAAGAGCAUUCCGAGAAUCAGGUACCUCAAGACGUUGCAGAUGCCGCUAUAAAUCCAGAUGCGAUUAAAGAGCUGGCAUCUAAGUGGUCCGAACUUCUGAAAAUGCAGCAAGCUGAAGAUUCAAGUGAUGACGAGAGUAAUAUUUGA